AUGUUUUUGAAGGCCCUUAAGAAGGCCCACGAAUGGGAAUGGGAAUGGGAAUGGGAAUGGGAAUGGGAAUGGGAAUGGGAAUGGGAAUGGGAAUGGGAAUGGGAAUGGGAAUGGGAAUGGGAAUGGGAAUGGGAAUGGGAAUGGGAAUGGGAAUGGGAAUGGGAAUGGGAAUGGGAAUGGGAAUGGGAAUGGGAAUGGGAAUGGGAAUGGGAAUGGGAAUGGGAAUGGGAAUGGGAAUGGGAAUGGGAAUGGGAAUGGGAAUGGGAAUGGGAAUGGGAAUGGGAAUGGGAAUGGGAAUGGGAAUGGGAAUGGGAAUGGGAAUGGGAAUGGGAAUGGGAAUGGGAAUGGGAAUGGGAAUGGGAAUGGGAAUGGGAAUGGGAAUGGGAAUGGGAAUGGGAAUGGGAAUGGGAAUGGGAAUGGGAAUGGGAAUGGGAAUGGGAAUGGGAAUGGGAAUGGGAAUGGGAAUGGGAAUGGGAAUGGGAAUGGGAAUGGGAAUGGGAAUGGGAAUGGGAAUGGGAAUGGGAAUGGGAAUAG